UUCAUUCAGUAUCAUAUCAAACCAUAUCUAUUUUCGGAUGAUUAAAAAUUGUUCAAUUGAUAAAGGAACCUAAUGACGGGGGAUAUUUCAGUUGCUCUCUAGUUAGAUGAAGUUCAGGUCAAAAUCGUGAAAGUAUAAUUCCGCCAAUAAUUCAAAAUGUCCUGUUUGGCGCCGUCAUUUACAAAAUUGGUGACGCAAGUAGAUCCCUUCGAGAAACUGCAACAAAUUAUAUCGAGGGCCCUCAAAGGUACUUCAAAAGAGCAACAAGUGCUUAACUUUCUCGGAGGUUUACGGGAUGUGUCGCGAAGUUUUAACUCUAUGUCGGAUGAAGAGAAAAAAAAGCAUGCGUCGGAAUUCCUUCAAUCAGCAAAAACUAUAGUCGAUGAUAUUAAAUCGGAACUUAUGAAGAAAGCGAUAAUUCAUAAGAUACAGGACCCUCGAGAGUGGUUCCUCGUAGCAGUUAUAGUGCUAGUAAUACUAUUCGCGUUCUUCGGCUACAAAUUGUACAAAUCCUUGACCGAGAAGGAUAGAAAACGUGAGGAGAAAUUGAAGGCUAAGCAAGCGAAAAAGAAGAAAUAGAUUGGAUGAAUGCUUUAAAUUAAAGAAAUUAAAUCAAAAACGUAAAAAAUAUGCACAACAAAUGUGAAAAUGUACAAGAAAACUUUUUGGAUAAUUUUUAAUUUGUCAUUUUGUUUCUUUCAACACAUUCCAUUUUAUACAGCUCAUAGAGUACUUUUUUGUGUUAAUUGCCGUUUGUAGGGGAGAAAGAACAGUAAAAAUCUUUACGUAUUUUCGAUGUUUGCUGAUUCAAUUUGAUUAAGAAAAGUUGACAAGUUUAUAAAAUUGAUAUUGUGAAAUUAUAUUGAUAUUUUAACAAA